AGCGCUACCUGCACGCAUAACGCCCCUUUAAUGGCCGCUCUCCUUGGUGUGGCUGAAGUGACGUGAGGGUUGCCAGUGUCCAUUCGCUGUGCCCUGCUUCCCCUUGUGUAUGAUCCCUUUCCUAUGUAUUACUGGGGGGCUGCUGGCAAAUUGCACCCCCAUUUGUGUACAGUACACAUGCUGCAUAUUCCAUUAAGUGCACACGUUUCUUUGCUCUACACUUGCAGCAUUUGUAUUUUCUCCUCUCUUUUAUGUAGGGUAAAUGCAAAAAAAAGAAAAGAAAAACUUUUACUAAUUCCAUAGAUGCAUUUUGCAUAAAAACAAAGCAAUUCCAAUGCACAGUGCUGUUAGUGUGUAUGUUGAACCAUACUUCAACUAGUUCAACUACAAGCAAAAUAAUUAAGCAACAUUUUUUUUUAUUUUAUUUUUUGCUGUAUUGUUUUGCAACAUGACUUAAUGGCCAAAGUGCAAUUUAAUUCUGUGGGUAUUGUGCGAUGCCUCCUUAUAAUGCUUAUCUAGAGUUCAUGACCAAGCAUAUUUAUUUAUUUUUGUUUUGCAAAUAUUAAGUGGCUAUCUUGUCUGCUUUAUAGAUCUAUACUUUUGUGAUCAUAGAGGCAAUAGUUACUAGAAUUCACAUUACCAAGGUUUUGCAAUGUUUACCUAAUAUUUACUUACUUGUGCAUGAUGCCAUUGGUUGUUUACACUUUGACAGUCUGUACUCUUAGGUUUUUCCAACAUGGUUGAUGACCCGGAGAUCUUGUCUUAUUGCAUGACUGCCAGAACUAUAUUGCUGUAGUCACCAGUGCAUUGGUAAUUUAGGUGGCCAGUUGGGUAAUUUGAGGCCAAGUUGACUGCAUGGCAUUGGGUGUGUGCUGUUGAUGUAAGACCCUAAUGAUUGGCCAUCCCAAUCAGAAUCUGUUAAGGGACCAUCAAAUUAGGAUUGGAGAAAAGUCCAGUUAGGGUUAUGGCUUUGCUCUGCAAGUUAUUAGGUGUAUUGUCAUAUAUACCAUGCAACCAAAUCUGCCUCUUUGUUUUAAGUGCAGAAGGAGAUUACGGUAACAUUGUUAUUAGUUGCCUUGGAGCCCAUCAAAGAACUGGUAUAGACUUUUCUGCUAAGCAACUUUUUUAUUUUAUUUAUCUCAUCUAAAUCUAUAAAAUAUCUCAUUAAUGUUGACUCUACAUGGUUUUGUUGGUUUUAGUAUUUUUUUUUUUUUCCAGUGGGUUGGUAAUAUACCUUUCUGGGCAAUCAUCCUUUGUAUCCUUAUCUGCAGUUGGGAAGAUACCCUGCAUAGCAACCCCUUAAUUGUGUUUUCAGGUUUUGUGGUUUUUUUUUCCCCAGUUAUGAAUAUAACAAUUUAAUUGGACACAACUGAUCAAUGCACUUACACCAAGGAAAAAAACGGGUCAUCUUAAAAAAAAUUAAUACAAAUAUGAACAAAUGCAAACUAGGGAGGGCAGGCAUAACAUUGUUGACUUUUUUUUUUUUUUUUACUUUGAGCCAAUCACUCAUCUUGUCAGGACAGUGGAAGUUUCCAUCAUGAUGGUCUAAGAGUUGAUGCCCAGGCUUUUCAUUAUCACUUAGAAAAAUAACUGGAGGUUCAUGAAGAGAAAGAUGUUUUCUGAUGUGCAUUAGAGUUAAGGCUCUGUUUCACUUUGGAUCCACAAUUAUUUAAAAACUGAUCUAAUCACGUUUUAAAAUGAGAUCACCCAAUAAAGACUAUUUUAUGGAUGUUGAAGGUCCUAUGUCUUCAAAAGAUGACUUGUGGGACUUUGAUGGAGAUGCUUUUGGCACCAAUGAUCCAAAUACUGUAUCUUCAUCGUUAUCUAUAAAUGAGAAGGUUUUACAAAGGAUGGAAGAAAACCCUGAUUUAUCAAUUGAUCAAGCAUUUGAAGAGGUUAAUUUGAAUGAGUCUUCUGAAAAAGGUUCAAAAUCACCAUCAAAAAAACAGACCGCAAGGAAAUCAGUGGGUAGGGGAAAUGUAAAUAACCCCUCGAAUCCUGAAGAGCAAAAUACAGAAAUUAAAAUUGAACCAAACCUAGAUGAUGAUUCUGCCAACAUAUCUGCAAAAGUACUUCAUUUUUUUUGCCAGAAAUGCAAAAACGGUAUCCGAUACAGCCCCAACGAUCUUCAGAAACAUUUUCUAAUCUGUCACAACGGAGAAUUGCCUCUAUAUCCCUGUGAAAUGUGUAACUUCUCUGCAAGUGAUUUUCAGGAGUUUAAAGAACACAGGAAAACUCAUCGGAGCACACUGGUUAAAUGCGAGAUCUGUAACAAUGACUAUUUAUAUACCUUGUUGGGCUUGACAAAACAUUUCACAGUCAUGCACUGCAUUAAUGGCCACUUCAAUUGCUCAAAAUGCAGGUUUUCUACCAGAGAUGUUGGAACGUUUGUUCAGCACAUUCACAGGCACAAUGGAAUAGAGUAUGCUUGUCAAAAGUGCAAUCAUAUCAGUUUCUCAAAAAUCGAGUUCCAGAGACAUCUUCAGGGUCACAGUACACUGUUGCCAUUUAGCUGCCAGUACUGUAACUACAGUGCGAUGCGGAAAGAUUUUAUCGUAAAACAUGUUUUAGCUCGGCAUCGAGAGCACGUUCACACACGAGAUGACCAUGUACUGGACAAUUCUAAGGCGCAAAUGCUGCAGACAAAUGCAGGACUGAAACCUGCUUUGCAAAAAUACCAAGUCGAUACUCAAGAUAAUUCAUUGUGGAGACAAGGCGGCAAUCACACUGGAGUUGAAAGGACCGGAGACCGCAUUGACAGCACAAGUAGUUUUCAGUUUAAGUCUCCAGAAAAAAGCCAAGCUUUAAAAGACUUUGCUGGAUAUAACGUCAAUACUGAACAAUCUGUAAAUGAUGGAGUUUCAUCUGUAACCACAAUAAAGUGUAGUAAAGAGGAUGCCAAUAACCAAGGUAAUAUGGGUCUAUUACAAAAUGCAGUCCACGGCCCUACUGUACUUAUGGUAAAAAAUAACAAAAUCACCGUACCUGCCAAUUACAGUGCAACAUUUGUGGGUUACAAAAUGGUCAAUGGGAAGCAAAACCUUGUCAUUAAGUUAUUGCCAUCAAAUAAGCAGUCUUCAAAUACUUCACAACCAUCACCUCGACCAUCAAAUAGUUUACCUCGCUUCUCUCAGGCCCCUAGCCAUGGAUCAUAUGGAGCUCCAUCAAAAGCUAUAGAUAACCGUCCAACUCAGUCUUAUAGGCUUCCCUCUACACAAGCUUCUACAAUGGAGAAACAGACUGGUUCUUUGCGGAACAUAACAUCAGCCCUUGGUUCGCUGAUUGCUAGGAAAAACGAAUCUAUUUCCAAGCCAGGAGCUGUUAAAAGACCACCGUUUCUUGACUCCCCACACAAAAGUGUGAAUAGUCCAAGUGUGCCCAAUUCAUCUUCGGGUUCCGAUUUUGUUAGAAAAAUUAAAGAAGAACCUGAAGAGUACAACAUUAAUGAGCAGCAAUUUUUUGACACUGAUCACAACUAUGAAUUGCAUAAUGAUCGAAUGCGUUUGUCAACUGGACCAGGUAAUCUAAGUGUUGAUCCAACUACCGGCUUCCUGUACAGACCACGGCUUAAUAGUGAAAGCAGCGGCCCUACAUUGACAAAGCAAUUGUAUAAUAAGGACUUGAAUAGUUCCAUGUUACAUGCAUCAACAGCAAGUGGCAUUGGCAACUUCUCAUGUACAAGUCCCAACUUCAUGUCUAAAAAUGAGUUUGCAGUCAGAAAUAUUCAGCUGAGUGACCGACUGUCAAGAUCACUGGAUAAUAAACCUGAGAAUAUAGCCUUUAUGCCAAGGAUAACAUCAGUGUUCUCUUUACAGAAUCGCCCAACUGAUCCAAAACCAGUUGCAAAGAAUACUUAUCUACACAACAUGUUGCAAGACAAAAGGAUGAAUGACAAAAUGUGCUUAACGAAAACUCAAAAUGUGCAUACUGGCGGCAACACUUUCCCUUUUGCAAGGCAACCAACGCCAAGCCCUGUUACAAAAUUUGACAGUCGUCUACCAAAUGGAAAUGUUAUCCCGUCAUCUGUGUUUUUGAAACAAGAACCGGAAUCUCCUGGAUCAGUUAAUAAAACCUUGCUCCCCUCCAGAGUUAGUGAGCUUCUGAAAACACACUCUGAUGCAAUAGUUAGCCAACAGCUGGCAAAAGACAAAAUGUGCAGUAUAACAAAAGCUUCCAGUGGGCCGACACCUUUCCAGCUAUUUCACAAUCCACAACUUUCUGGAAUGCCUCAGUCAAAUACUGUUUUGUAUCCUUCAGGUUCGAACAGGUUUGUGUUGCCAAUUGUACAUAACCAGCCUGGCUUAAAAAUGAUGUCAAGUCAAGCAAAUGCUCCCAGUACUACAACAUUUUCUACUUCCAAUAGAUUUAAUGCUCCAGUUAUGCUCAACACAAAGCCAGGCAUGGUAUUGACUAUUGCCAAUGGACCUUUUGGUACCAUAAGGAAUGUGACCAAUGGUGGAUCUCAGGUCUUGGGUGCAGUGAACAAUUUUGGAAAAAUGGCUUUGCCUAGAUUACAGCGCCCCACUGUACCUCAUGUUUUGAAACCAAAUUUGGGUACUUCCACAAAUAAUGUAUCUGCCAACAUAAUUUCAGGUUCUGCUGUAGGAGGGAAACUUCCUAUAAACCUAAAUGUCCUCCAGUAUUGUAUAAAUUCAGAAUCUUCAAGGACAACUGGAAGUAUGGAAGCUAACAAGCAAGAGCCCAUGCAGAAACAACCAGUUUACGCUCUUUUGCCUGAUGGAAAACAAGCAGUCCUUUUAAAUUAUGUUUUACCAAAAACAGCUUCUGGAAAUUCCCAGAAACCUGUUCAGUUUAACCGAAUGAACCCGAAACUGCUACCAAAGAGACCUGAUGAUGCACAGGAAGCUGCUUUCUUGAGGAAUAAAAAUCAAGCUGGUGUAGCACCAACAGCUUCAAUUAAGCUAGAAGACACCAAUGCGCUCGAGGGAUAUGGUGGCAGUACAUCUGCAAGCAAAGUCAGCAAUUCAGAUUAUUUGCGAGGUAGGUCAGUAGACAGAAAACCUUUUCUGAGAUCUAAUUCGAGUGCUGGUCCAGCAGAAGACCCUUUUAAUUUCACAAGCGAUGACCAGACAUUCUCACAACUGUCUACAGCUAAUUCAAAGGUGCCUAAACUGAAAUGUAAGCAAAGUAGCAUGAAUGUUUCAAACUCGAAGAACAAGGCUUGGAAGCGAAAGACAUCGGCAGACUCCAGUAGCUAUGAAGCAGACUUUGAAUUUAAGACAAAGAAGAGAGUAAGCGAUUACUUACAAGAAGUGCCACGAAAGAAAAUGUUACACCGGAAGUGCAAAGCAAAGUCUUACACAAGUGAGGUGGAAAGUCUUCCAGAGAUGGCCACACCAAUGCCUAUGAAGGAUAUUGUAAGAACACUACGACUAUAUCCUUUCAAUUCUAAUCAGCUAAUAAAGUAUCCGCACAGAGAUCAGCCUGUUGUCGUGUUGAAUCACCCUGAUGCCGAGGUUCCUGAAGUAAUUAACGUAAUGAGAACCAUCUCAAAAUUCAAUGGACAAGUUCUAAAGGUAUCUCUGUCCAAAAGAACACUUGAAGCUCUUUUAGAGUCAAAGCUAUUGAAUUCUGCUGAUGGAUUAACCGGAAGGCGCAAUCGGCGGUCAAAACCUGUGAGCCCAGUAAAAGAACGCUUUGUCCUCAAGUUAACGUUAAAGAAAACUAGCAAAAACAAUUACAAAAUUGUUAAGAACACACCCGCAAACAAGCUUCAAACUAAAUUCAGCUGCUGGUUUUGUGGUCGGAUAUUUGACAAUCAGGAUGAAUGGGUUGGGCAUGGCCAAAGACAUCUAAUGGAAGCCACAAAAGAUUGGAACACUUUGUUUUAACAGUUUUCACAUGUAAGGAAUUUUGCAUUUGACGUUAAGAUGCUGUUGUUUCCUUUUCUUCAAGCAGCAUUUGUUUCAAAGUAUUUUUUUCCCUCCCACUAUUUUUUUACUCCAGAAUCCUGUUCAGUAUUUUGCUGUACGAACUUGUCCAUACUGUGAUUAUUCAGGUUUUUUGAUUUACAUCUACAUAUUUUUCCAACCAUUUUUUUUUAAUAAGUCUUUCCCAGUGAUUGAUUUUUUUUUACAUUUUUUUUUGUUAUGGGAUUUAAAUUGUAAGUUAUGUGAAUAGUUUGCGAAACGAUCAAGAGAUUUUCAAUAUUUGGUGAUUUUGGAUAUUUCGGUAACUGGAAGGGAUAUGGGGGUAUGCCUAAGGUAUGUGAACUGAUAAACCCAAGGUUUGUAGGUCUAUGGUUGAAGAUUUGUUUACUAAGCCAUGUAUAAAUGUGUGAAGUCUACAGUUGUGGUACAUAUUCGAGUGUGUACUGUGUACAUUUAUACAACAUUGUCUCAUAAUAUUUAAUGUACACGUCUUUCUAUUGCAAGAAAACUGUAUACGAGUACUACCUGGACAGAAAGCCUUGAAAAAACCCUAAAAUUUCUUAUCUAAUAAUUUUUUUUUUUUUUAAUUAAUUCUAAACCGGGUAAACUACAUUUACUUUGUCACAUGUAUAUAGAGAAAGCAUGAUUUGCCAAGACAUUGAGGAAAUGCUUACAUUGCUAAUUUUUCAUGAAUAUUAAAAGUGAAUGGCUGUGUCUAUAUAAAUAUGCAUCUUGUUAUUUUUUUUGCCAAUUUAAUGUACACUUUUUUUCUUUUCUUUUUAGCUUGUCUAAUAAAACAUAAUCAUGA